AUGGAUUCCCACUCUCCCAUGAAAGAAGCAUACAUCCAACUGAUAGAAGUAAUCGCCACCUCUCCCCCCGACCCGCCAUCCCCAGCUCUCCACCUCAUCGCCUCCCUCCCCUCCGUCCUCCGCUACGUCGACGAAGACAACCGCACCGUCCUGCACCACGCCGCCCGCCUCGGCCGCCCCGAGAUCGUCCGCGCCGCCAUCUCCACCGCCGGGCCCGACGCGGUCGUCGACCCCCUUGACGCGGACAGAUGCACGCCCCUGCACCUCGCCUCCCGCAAUGGCCAUCUGGAAGUUGUAACGACCCUCCUCGCCGCGGGCGCAGACGUCCGCGCGGAGGAGAGCUUCGACGAGACGCCGCUGCACGAGGCCGCGCGCAACGGGCACGCUGAGAUCGCAAGAGUCCUGAUCGCGGCGGGCGCGGUGGUGGACGCGCCGAAUCGGGACUGCGGGACGGCGCUGCAUGUUGGCGCGCGGCGCGGCAUGGAGGGCGUGGUUGGGGUGCUGCUGGAGGCGGGCGCGAAUCCGGCGACGAGGGAUGCGGUGGGGGAUACGCCGCUGCAUGACGCGGCGCGGGGCGGGCAUGAGGGGGUCGUGAUGGCGUUGUUGGAGACGGGGAUGGUCUCUAUCGAAGCGCAGAACGCGAACGAUUUCACGCCCUUGAGCGUCGCGGCAAGGCAUGGGCGGGAGGCGAUUGUGCGGAUGCUGGUUGAGCAGGGGGCGGACGUGGAUAGUUUGUCGAAUGAGUAUUGCACGCCGCUGCACCAGGCGGCGUCGGAGGGGCACGACGGGGUGGUGAGGAUAUUGAUUGCCGCGGGCGCGGAUGUGGAUCUGCAGGACCGGGAUGAGCAGACGGCGCUGCAUGCGGGCGUGAUGUUUGAGCACGCGGCGGUGGUGGCGAGUUUGUUGGCGGCGGAGGCGGAUGUGAAUUUGAGGGAUACGGAGGACUGCACGCCGCUGCACCACGCGGUGAAGAACGAGAACAAGGCGAUGGUGCGGGAUCUGCUGGAGGCUGGGGCGGAUCCGACUGUGAUCAGCGCGACGGGGGAGACGCCGCAGAGUUUGGCGAGGGUGCUGAAUCGGAAUUCGAUCGCGGAUUUGUGUGAGGCGCCGCAGGUGAAGGUCAGGCAGGGGGUGGUGUCGAAUUUCCGGCCGAAGCGGUGUAGGCCGCCGGGCAGGCCGAAUCAGGAGGAUGAGAGGGAGGCGUGUCGGCAUUUUAAGGGGUUGUUUUGGUGUCCGACGAGCGAGGUGAGGUUUGAGGGGCUGAGCGUGUGGGAUAUGUUGUAUGAUCCGGAGACGGAGCUGCGGUUGACGCCGAGGGUGCCGGCUGUGGUGGGGACGCCGAAGGGUGGUGGGACGGCGACGCCGGUGCGGAGUCCCGGGGCGAGUCCGGUGCGCAGCCCUGCGGUGUCGCCGGGGGCCAGUCCGGCUGCGAGCCCGCCGCGGAGCCCGCUGCUUUCGCCCCCGGGAACGACUGCCGGGGGGUUGACGAUGAAGGAGAUGAAGAGGGGCCAGCAGCAGCGCCGGCGCAAGAGUUCGUACGCGAGCCGGAUGCCGGAGAGGCCGGUGAAGAGGUGGCUGCACCUGCCUGCGAAUAAUGUGGCGUGGGUGAUGGAUCUGGUGCAGCGCGUGUGCGCGAUGGAUCACCGGACGGACGCGGAGUGUAACCGGAUCAUGGCGUUUAUUGAGGAGACAUUCCAUGAGAUGCGGACGGGGGAGUUUUACCGCCGGCCGCAUUUCAAGAUGGAGGCUGCUGCUGCUGCUGUCGAGGAGGCGGUGGGGCUGGGUGUUGGACCGCCGACGCCGCCCAUCCCGCAGCCGACAACGACAACGCCUGGCGGGAGGAUGUUCUCGAUGGUGCUGCCCAUUAUCGACGUCGACAUCGACGAGGGCACGAAGAACAGCCUUCGGAACGUGCAGAUCGGGGACGAGGCGCGGCUGACGCGGCCUCUCGAGAUGGUCGCCGGCAACGACAGACGCGUGGUAGUCCCGCAAGGAGCUGCCGGCGGUGGGACGCAGCGACGGCACCUCCUAACCGCGAUGCCGACCAACCUCCAGCACUACCUCUUCCCGCACCUCGCGCACUUCGACGCCAUGGCGAAGCUACGCGCGAGCUUCACCAAGUCAGAGUACCACGUCCCGCGGCCGCUGGACCAGUCCUACCACGAGGCCCUCAGCGCGGCGGACCUGGCGCUGCGCAACGAGAGCCAGGUGCUCUUCCGGUACCUGCGGCGGGUCGAGGGGCGGUUGGCUGCAGAACAACAGCAGCAGCAGCAGACGGCGGAGGAGGCGUGUCCGCCGCCGCUGGUGGAGGACGCGCAGGGGCAGGGAAAGAGCCCGUUUGAGAGGCACGUGCAGCGGACGUUCUCGCGGCAGGCGAGCUCGAAGCAGAAGAAGACGGACGGGACGAAGGCGGAGCUGGGGAGGAUGGCGGGGCGGCAGGACCAGGCGAGUAGUGUGCAGGCGAAGAUUUCAAGGGAGAAGAGGAGGAUGGAUACGGAGAGGCGGAAGCAGAUUUUGUGUGUGGCGCAGCUUUGGGUGUGGAGGAUUGACGAGAAUACGAUCAUCACUGCGUUCCCUGAUCGGUGGGAUAACAAGAACGCCAAGACGCUGCUGAACGAGAUCAAGCAUCGCGUUUUGGGGAUCAGGGAUUUGAGGUCUGAGGACACGGAUAUGAUGCGCAUCGUGGAGAGUAUCCUCGAAAGCGCGCUGGGAUACAGCGAGGAAGAGUUUCACUUCCAGUUUGAGGGGCCGAAGAGUUAUUGCACUGUCUUUGCAUCUUCGAUUGCACAUGUUUCCAACGAGGCGAUGAAGCGCUACGCCGAGUUCAAGGCGUCCAUCAAGAAGAUGGGCACGUCCAAGACCGUGUUGGACGACUUGCGAGCGGAGAUUGAGCUCCUCCAAGAGAUUGACGAUAUCCGCGAGGAGAUCAACAUGAUUAAGCGUGUGCUACGGUCUCAAGAGCGCGUGUAUGAGGAGUUCAGGGGCUCGGAGAUUGGGGAGAAGUGCGGGGAUGGCAAGGAUGCGGCGAGGAAGGCAUUCAAGCAUCCGACCUUGGACUUCUUCAAGAGGUUGGAGGAGGAUGCCAAUCGUGUGCGAGACUCGAUCACGACAUUGUUGGAUCUCAGGCAACGCGAGGCAAAUAUCGAAGAAGCUCUAUCCGCCAGCGAGCAGUCCAAGAUCCUCUUCAUCUUCACCGGCGCCACCGUCGUCUUUGCUCCUCUGUCCUGGGCAACAGGCAUCUUCGAAGUCAGCAUUGAAGGGCUGGCAAGUCCCACAACCGCAGGCACUCUAAUCAUUGCAUGUGUCCUGAGUCUCUUCGGCACCCUGCUCCUCAUCGCCCUGUCCCUCCAGAUCUACGAGUUCAUCACCCAGGGCAAGGCGAAGCAGAUGUACCAGAACGUGUGGAACUUCUUCGAGAUUAGGAGGAAGGACAAGGCUGCUUCUAGCUCGAAGAGCUCUCCACCCUCAUCAUUGGAUGCGUCAACGCAGUUGAGCAGGCAGAGAAGGUCUUCGCUGUCACAGCCUGUCGCGGCAACAGCUGUGAGUGAGAGGAAACCUAUUCGCAAGAGGCUUGCGGCUUUGAGGCCGAGACAUCGGAGAAGAGACGAGGAGAAGGCCAUCUCGGAGAAAUGA